AUGAAGGAUAACAACAAUGUGACCAAAGGUAAGAGCUUGUUACUCGUUCUUUCACUUAUGGCAACCAAUUCAUGUCUUUGCCUAACCACGCUAUGUCCAUGCUCUCACGUUUUGAUUUCGGUUGGCACUUUCACAUACAUGCCAUUAGCCAAGGGCACAAUUACGUGGCAACCAGCAUUGGCAGUGAUUGUUAUCAUUUUCUUGAUGCAUGUUUCUCAACUCAUUGGUCAUGCAUCAGUGUUGGCUCAGUCAUACGAUUUCUCCAACACAGUCAAUGUGUCAGAUGCAUCUGGUAAUGGCCUCAUCAAUUAUCCACUCCAAAUGGGGAGACCAUUCUUGAAGGGAGAAAUUCCCAACCACUACGUGCCAGCAAUCAAACUGAAUGGCCUUUUGAUUACUUCACAAGCUGAGAUUGCCACUCGUUAUGAGGAUGGCUCUGUUCGUUUUGCUGUCCUUUCAGCCAUCCUUCCAAAAAUUGAGAAGGUUGGAAACGCUUCCUUACAAAUGGUUCCAAUUCUCAACACUUCAGUUCCUGUGGCUUCUCCAUGCUCUAUUUCAGAUAUUUUCACACAAUUACCAGAGGCUGAUAUUUCGAUCACUCUCAUUGGAAAUGGAACCAGUCAUACUGUAAGCGCUCGAAACAUGAUUUCACAAGGUCUCUACGCGUGGACCAUUGAUUCAGGACUCGUUCGAUGUGAAUUUGUUGUGGUUGAUCACAUCUCUCGAAAGGCAGAUUUUGGAUUGAACGGAGCCAAAUCGUUCAGACCCAUGUUUGUGUUCACGUAUUAUAGAACGAUUCAAACCUUAAAAGUUAGAGCUGUAUUAGAAAAUACCAACCUUGAUACUUUACAAGAUGUCAUGUAUAAUGUAACUGUUUCGAAAGGAGUCACAUCUCCUGCUGUGGUGUAUUCUCAACAAGACGUUCAACACUUGUUUGGAUCGAGAUGGACUAAAACAUUUUGGUUCGGUGCCUAUCCUCCCGAAUCACGUGUGAAUUUCAAUUAUAACGUGAAUUACUUGAGUGCUACCAAUUUCAUUCCAAAUUAUCAAACGAAUCAUACUCAAACAGAGAAACAAAUUUCAAAUUAUUACUCGAAUUGGUUAUCAAGACCUAAAGGCAUUUUCGAACCAGGAAUAUGGCAACCUUACAUGCCAACUACAGGAAUGAGAGAUGUCAUUGGUCUCAUGCCAGGAUUUGUACAGGCGUGGCUCACUCUUGGGGAUUGGCGUUAUCGUGAAAUUUCACUCACGAGUGCAGAUUGGGCAGGAGCAUGGAGAGCUCAUUUCAGAGAAGCAAAUCCUUCACUCAAAUGGGAUCGAAAUCAAACAUUGUCAGCUUUAGGAAAACCCAUUUCACUCAAUGCUCAUCCAGCGUUGUGGUUUCCAGACAAUAAUGGGAAAUAUGCAGGCGCCUUAAAUAUGCCCUUGUUAUCAAAUUCCUUUAAUUGGGCAUUUGAAGCAGCUCACGUCCCAGAUCCCUUCUCAAUUCCUUACCUAUUGACAGGUGACUCGUAUUAUUUGGAAUCGUUGCAAUUUUGGGCAGCCAUGGGUGUCAUGACUUUUGCCAAUGGUAUCUAUGGAAGAGGUGCCACUGGUUACGGAGGUAUCACCGAUCAAGUUCGAGGACAAGCAUGGACCUUCCGUACUCGAUGUUUUGCAGCAUUGUAUUCACACGAUGGAUCUCCAGAAAAAUUGUAUUUCACACAAAUGGUGGAAGACGCCAUUGCAUUUUGGGAAGGUCAACGCUCCAUUAACGGUACUUUCAUGAACCAUCCCAAUCGAAUUUGGGCUUCCAAGAAUGCUCCUCUCAAUUGGUCACCUUUAAGAGUUUGGCUUCGAAACACUGACACUCGACAAUCGGCAUUUUGGCAAGAGUUCUUCUUACGUUCUGUGUUGGGAACUAUGAGAGAUUUAGGAUUUCCAACUCGUUCCAUUCUCGAUGAAUAUCACAAAGUAUUGACCACGCAAAUAGGUGCACCAAAUUAUGAUGCAAGAUUUAUGGGAUUUUACUGGGCCUAUGUCAUGCAUUCGAAUUUGACAUGGUAUCAAACAUGGUCUGAGAUGCAACAACAAAAUACAGAGUUGCAGCCCUCAUACUCGGCAGGUGCUGUGAAACAAUUUGAGACUGGAGAUUUGUAUGCUGUGGCUGCCACAUGUGCAAGUUCCUUCUUGACUGUGUAUCCGAAUGGAGCAGAAACUUGGGAAUUCACUCGUUCACAAAUUUUUGACAAGUUCGAUUACAGUGUCAAUUUUCGUUCCUUUAUUGUGUAUCCAAGAAGUUUUGCACCACCUCCACCAUCACCUCCGUCUCCUCAACCCUCAAUGCCAGCUCCAAAUCCUCAGCCCUCAGGGUCAAGUGUCAAACCAGUUCCCUCUCAAAAAGUGAUGAAUAGUAGCCAUGUAGCAAGAGCUUCUUUGGCAUCUCCUCCUCGAAUGCACUGGUCGAUGGAUCGAGUCAUGGUCGUUCUCAUGUCAGCAUGGAUUGGACUAGGAUUGAUCAUGAUAGGGUAG